AUGGCAGACCACACAGACAGACCAGCAGAGCCCAUUUCCGAGGUCGAACCCACCGAUUUCAAGCCUAUGUCGAAUGUGGAGGAAUUUUCAUUGCCGAUGACCGCGGAUGAUAUCGCUCGAAUGGAUCCGCGUCUCGGAGCCGCCAUGGCCUCGGGCCUACCUCUCGAAGACGUUGAUGACGAUGAUGAGGAAGAUAUGGAUGAGGGCUACGUUGCUGUCGACCAUGAUGAUACCAGUGAUUUCUCCUAUUGGUUCCGCCGUCCACCAGUGCACCAGCGCACCCAGUUGGAUGAAUUGCACCCGUUCGUUCAGGUCCUCUCCGUAUCCAAUGUCGAUGAUUGUGUCCAAGUGGAGAAUUCCCUUCCGGAACCUGAGCGCUGCUCUCGCGAAAAAUUCCUAUACCGUCUUAACAAGUGCCCCGAACUCUCCUUAGGUCUCUUCACUCUCCCUGUUAUCCCAGAGGGAGAACCGAAACCUCGCGCGACAUUGGUGGGACAUGUUGUCGCCACUCGGUCCUCGGCUCCUCGUGUGACAGACCACUCCAUGCAGAUGCCCAUCAACUGGAGGAACGAGCGGUUGACCGUUGAGAAUGGAGAGACAGUUGGUCAUGAUGAAUACAGCAACACCAUUGCUGUGCACUCGCUUGCGGUGCUUCCAGAGCACCAAAACAAGCAAGUCGGUACCACUCUGAUGAAGUCUUACAUUCAGCGGAUCAAGGAAGCCGCUAUUGCUGAUCGCAUUGUUCUCAUUGCACACGACAACCUGGUGCCUUUUUACGAGGUAUUGGGAUUCGAGAACCGUGGACCUAGUGAGUGCAAGUAUGGCGGCGGCGGUUGGUAUGAUAUGUCGCUGGAACUCAUGGAUGAGUGA